AUGCAGUUUUCUGGAGGAAAGCGGAAAAAACUGAGGUUGACAGGUGACCAAAGGAAUGUUUGCUACCCUCAUAGCCUUCAGUUUUACUUGGAGCCACCUUCUGAAAGCAUAUCUUUGAUCGAGUUUGAAAACUUGGCUAUCGAUAGAGUUAAAUUGCUAAAAGCAGUUGAAAAUCUUGGUGUGAGCUAUGUGAAAGGAACUGAGCCAUACCAGAGUAAGUUGGAGAAUGAGAUAAGAAAGCUCAAGUUUUCCUUCAGAGAAAACUUAGAGAAUGAGUAUGAACCCCGAAGAAAAGAUCAUAUUUCUCACUUUAUUUUACGUCUUGCUUAUUGCCAGUCUGAGGAUCUUAGACGCUGGUUCAUUCAACAAGAAAUGGAUCUCCUUCGAUUUCGAUUCAGUAUUUUACCCAAGGACAAAAUUCAAAAUUUCUUAAAGGAUAUCCAUUUGCACUUUGAGGCUAUAAGUGAUGAAGAGAAGAGUGUCCGAGAACCAGAGAUUCUUGCUUCAUCACCCAGUUUGAGUGGGUCUAAGACGGAGUUGGAGUUGGAGUCAGUUUAUAAGAUCCCUUUUGCUGAUGCUCUGGAUUUGUUCCGAGGAAGGAAAGUCUAUUUGGAAGGUGGCUUCGCUUAUGUACCACUUAAAGACAUUGUGGCAAUUGUCCUGAAUGAAUUCAGAGCGAAACUGUCCAAGGCUUUAGCAUUAACAGCCAGGUCCUUGCCUGCUGUGCAGUCCGAUGAGAGACUUCAGCCUCUACUUAACCACCUCAGUCAUUCUUACACUGGUCAAGAUUACAGCACACAGAAGAAUGCUGGGAAGAUUUCUUUAGACCAGAUUGAUUCGCUUUCUACCAAAUCCUUCCCACCUUGCAUGCGUCAGUUACAUAAAGCCUUGCGGGAAAAUCACCAUCUUCGUCAUGGAGGCCGGAUGCAGUAUGGCCUCUUCCUGAAGGGCAUUGGUUUAACAUUGGAACAGGCAUUGCAGUUCUGGAAGCAAGAAUUUAUCAGAGGAAAGAUGGAUCCAGACAAGUUUGAUAAAGGCUACUCUUACAAUAUCCGUCAUAGCUUCGGAAAGGAAGGCAAGAGGACAGACUAUACGCCUUUCAGUUGCAUGAAGAUUAUUCUAACCAAUCCACCAAGCCAUGGGGAUUAUCAUGGGUGCCCAUUCCGUCACAGCGAUCCAGAGCUGCUGAAGCAGAAGUUGCAGUCCUACAAGAUCUCUCCUGGAGGGAUACAGCAGAUCUUGGAUUUAGUAAAAGGGACGCAUUACCAAGUGGCCUGUCAGAAGUACUUCGAGAUGAUACAUAACGUGGAUGAUUGUGGCUUUUCUUUGAGCCAUCCUAAUCAAUUCUUUUUUGAGAGCCAACGGAUUCUAAGUGGUAAUAAAGACAUCAGGAAGGAAUCCAUCCAACCAGAAACUGCUCAACCCAAACCAAGUGUCCAGAAAGCCAAGGAUGCGUCAUCUGCUCUGGCCUGUCUAAAUUCCUCUCUGGAAAUGGAUAUGGAAGGACUAGAGGAUUACUUCAGUGAAUGAUUCUUGGGCACUUAGGAACCCUUUUUCUUCACUAGCUUUCAUUUCUUACUUUCAAGAUUUUGCCUGUUUCUUUUUUAACCUCUUUGUCUACUCCUUCCACUGCUUCCCAGUCCAUCCCCUGGAAAGCAGGCUUGUGGGUAAAAACCUCCACUCUAUUUUGCUUUGACAAAAGGGAAAAUUUCUUUUGAUAUCUAACACUUGAGUGGUGUGAUCUGAGUCCUGUUU